CAUCUCCAUGGAAAUGCCUACGACAAAGGAUCUAGGAACAGCUGCACAGUCCAGUGGCCCUCUGGGGACUGUAACCAUAGCCCCGCCAAGUACAAAAAACUCCACAGAACCCCAUGGCUCAGGCGUCUCCAGUACCACUGUGCGAGACCAGAAGGGUGUUCAAGGUUCAGGCCAGAUUAUUCAACCAACCCCGACGACUGUCCCAAUUCUCUCGACAAAGCCAGCAACCAUAACCAGCCAGGAUAGAAAGAAUGAUACAGCUCCAGCAGGAAUCCCAAGUAGCCACAAAGUAGUUGCUACAGAAACCACAGCCGUUACGGGAGGAAGUCAGACGACUCCUCCACCUCCGCCUGCGGUUAACAGCACGGGCACCCCUCCUGCCAGUCCUUCCUCGCCCGCGCCAACAGGCUCUCGACAAGUGUCUUUGAGCCCCACUGCUCUGAAUGCCUCAGGGAGCUCACCCACAGGACCCCCACCCCCACCGUCAAGGAGUCCAGACAUGACGACGACGAGCCACACCACAUCUCAGGGGACGACUAACACACCCACCGUAGCCCCAUCGGUUACCUCAGCCGGAAAUCAACAGACCUACGCCAAGACACCAGCUGUGACUGGGUCCACUCACACCGUUGCUGGAACCACUUCCUCUGUCCCUGGGGUCUCUCCCUCCAUCGCUGGGACCCUGCUGCCCACAGUCUCUCCAUCAGGACCCGUGACCCCGCCUACUGUCAGACCCACGAGCUCCAGCACUCGCUUGGCUCCAACUGCCCCCCAAGACUCCAACAUCCCUUUUUCUACCUCAACUCUUAAGGAUAAGAUGAUUAAGUGUGAGCCUCCCAAAAGGCUGAACGAGACGAUGCUCAUCCUGAACGUCACGAAAACCGACCUGUGUGCAGGGAGCCCUUCGGAUGACAAGCUGGCCGAACUGCUGUGCCGAGCAGCAAAAGCCAACUUCGACCCAAGUCGAGAUCAGUGCUGCAUAUGGUUGGUCCCGGCUUCAGACGUCCAGGCGGUGGCAAUCAAGGAGAUCACUGUCCAGACAAAGCUCCUUCCCAAGGACAUGUACGAACUGCUGAAGGACAAAUGGGACGACCUCAAGGAGGUGGGCGUCAGUAACAUGCAGCUGGGGGACCAGGGGCCGCCGGAGGAGACUGAGGACCGGUUCAGCAUGCCCCUCAUCAUCACCAUCGUCUGCAUGGCGUCCUUCCUGCUCCUCGUGGCGGCCCUCUAUGGCUGCUGCCACCAACGCCUGUCUCACAGGAAGGACCAGCAACGACUCACAGAGGAGCUGCAGACGGUGGAGAAUGGGUACCAUGACAACCCAACGCUGGAAGUGAUGGAGACCUCCUCAGAGAUGCAGGAGAAAAAGGUGGUCAACCUUAACGGGGAGCUGGGGGACAGCUGGAUCGUCCCCCUGGACAACCUGAUGAAGGAUGACCUAGAUGAGGAGGAAGACACCCACCUCUAAUCAGGUCUGCUGGCGGCCGCCGACAGUGCCACGAGCUCCGGACCGAACCACCUCAAGUGCCGACUGGACCAGGGAGGAAAGUCCUCCCCAUCUGAGGAAAAGACUGGGGUGGGGGCUGAGCAGACUCAGAGGGACCUGCCUCCCAAUCCCCACAGGGCCUUAAUUUUUCCCUUUUUGAGCUGAACAAAUCACACUCUGUCUAGAUUCCUCUUGUAGCAUAACCCACUAGUGCCUGAGCUCAGAGCUGCUGAAGAGGAGAGAAAGAGAAAGUAAAGAAAGAGCCAUCUAAGGGACUUUAGAGGUCACCUGGUAGAAUCCCUCCCUCCCAUAGAUGAGAUGACCGGGGCCGGAGGAGAGUGAGGUCAAGGUCACACAGCUACACGGCGACAGAGUCAGAGUGAACACAAAGGUUCCUUCUUCCGUCCAGUGCUCAUUCCCACCUCGCCACCCCACUCUGGUCACUUGCGCUCUCCCUGCGGAGCUGCCGUGGGCAGCAGGGAGGCUGCCAGUCUGCGGAUGGGAUAGAAGGGGGAGCCGGGCCAGGUCCUGUCUCGGUGGGAUCCGAUUACUUGAAAGUGUAGGGCCCAGGUUCAGUCUCCUACCCCAGCCUCCACUGGCAGGGUUCCCGCCCCUUUGCUCUCCCCCCUCCCUUCGCUCAGUUUUUACUCCCGUUCUGUCUCAGGGCCCUGGAGCUAACACAAGUCAUUCCUGACCUUGAACCCCUUGUUCUGACUUCUGAUUUCUUGGCAUUUGCUUAGUGAGA